AUGGAGGUUCAAGACUGGAUUGAAUCUUCAAUACGAGCGUUUUUCUGCUUGACUGGCAUUACGGGCAACUUCUGGCUGGGUUUGCGCUCUCUUCCCAAAUCCAGAUCUCAACUGCGACCCGGUGACAUCCUCUUCAUUAACCUGGCCGUAUCCAACCUAAUCACAAACUGCUUGGUGGAUCUUCCAGACACGCUGGCGCAGUUUGUGAACAGCUGGUUCAUAGGUAAAAGCUACUGCGGCGUGCUUCAGUUUUCAUCUGAUCUCUCGGAAACCAGCAGCAUCUUCUCCACCAUGUUCAUUAGCAUGUAUUGGCAUCAGAAGCUUGUGGGUUCAGUCAGACGCGGUGGAGCUCCGGUGCAGAUGGAUAAUUUGAGGUUGGUCUUCAUAUUGCUCGCUGGGAGCUGGAUCGUGGCGCUGAUGUUCAGCAUUCCCCACUUUUUUAUUGCAGAACACGACGGGAACGAGACUUUAGAAGUUUGUGAGGAAAGUUUCCCAACACCUGCGGAGAAAAAGGCGUUCGAUGGGUUGUACCUGAUCCUGGCGAACGUCGUUCCACUUGUGGGGAUCACUUAUGCAAGUGUGCAGAUCGUCUUGACGCUGCUUAAGAGUCAAAAACGAAUCACGGAUCACUCCAAAGGAAGAAAUCCAGCACCUGCAGAAGAAAAUACAACACAACAGAAGAUGCAGGUCAGACCCAAUCCGUCCUCUAACAGCCAGGUUCGGGCAGCUAAAAGCGUGGUUGCGGUCGCAACCAUCUUCAUCCUCUGCUGGUUCACUCACCUCGUGCUCCGCAUCUACAGCAGCUUCGGAAACUCCAUCCUGGCUGUGAAACUGACCAAUUUUAUAGGAGCUUCUUACACCUGUUUCGUCCCGUAUGUCUACUUGCACGGUGUGAGGAAACUCAACUGCUCUUGGCGGUAA